CACACAUGCGCAUUAAGGUGUGGUGUUUGUGUUCUUGCAGUGGCUGCGAGUGAUUAGGACAGAGCAAGGCCCAGAGCCGGGGCCUCUCCUACCGACCGGGGGCCCAGAGCUGGGGCCUCUCCUGCUGACCGGGGGCCCGGGGCCUCUCCUGCUGACCGGGGCUGGGUCUGCUGUCCCAGGUUGAUCGGUCCAGAAUGGAUGACAGCAAAGUGGUGGGAGGUAAAGUGAAGAAACCUGGAAAGCGAGGGCGUAAACCUGCUAAAAUAGAUUUAAAGGCGAAGCUUGAGAGAAGUCGCCAGAGUGCCAGAGAGUGCAGAGCAAGAAAAAAGUUGCGUUAUCAGUACUUGGAAGAGCUUGUGUCUAGAAGAGAGAGAGCCAUCUGUGCUCUGAGGGAAGAGCUAGAGAUGUACAAGCAAUGGUGCACAGCAAUGGACCAGGGAAAAAUACCGUCAGAAAUAAAAGCGCUACUCACAGGGGAUGAACAAAGUAAAGCACAGCAGACUGUGAGUAAACAAGGAAAAGCAAGAACUGAAGGAAGUGCCAAUUUGGCCUAAUAAUGCUGACCUUCUGUUACUUGGAAUUGAUGAAGAAAUGAUCAAGCCAAAGUCUGUAUUUGUUAGUGCAAGCGAUAUUGUGAAAUACUGGUGACAAACCAGAGAAAAAAGCUAAAAUCAUUCUCAACUGCAUCCUUUGGCAAAGUUCAAAAUUUAUUCUGAGCAAAUGUGGAAUAAUAUUUUAUGAACUCAAUUUUUGAGUGUCUAAUCAUGCUGUAUAUCUGUAAGUAAUGUAAAUUGAAUGUGGGUUACUUUUUAUAAUUUUUAAUGUAAAAAAAAACAAAAUAAAA